AAUUCUAAAGGUGCCCGACUUGACAUGCAUCACACCUUCUUUAUCCAGAGAGGAGAGAGAAACCGUUAGAAAGAGAAUCGAGUAAGAAGAGAGAGAGAGAGAAGACCACAAACAUUCGGUUCUGGAGAAGAGCAAACGUCCGGUAUUCUUUUCUGUCUUCUCAGAACGACGAAUAAUCCCUGCAAAUCCUGGCGGAUAAUCUAUAUGAAUUGACGGGAAUUGUCUCAAGAAUGUUUCUGGAAUAGUGGUUUUGAUUGGGAUUUAUAUCGUGGAUUUGCUUUUUCUGCCAUAAUUUGAGCAGGUUUUCCUGCAAAUUCAAGGUAAUUCGUGUUUUGAAUUUGAUCCAUCGGCUGUAGAAUUUCUGGCAGUCUCAAUUUAUCUGCCAGGGAAGUCGCAAUUCUUGUACCGGAGGCAGGCUUAAGAAGUCUCUGGAAGUGUAAAUCCUGGAAAUUAAUGACAGAUGGAUAAAUUAUUGAGGCUUUGAUAGAGCUUCUAGGGUUCUGAGAAGGCGGAUUUAAAAGUUUUGAGAUAGUUUGGUUACAAUGGGUGGAGUUACGUCUACCGUGGCUGCGAAAUUUGCCUUCUUUCCGCCAAAUCCACCCACGUAUAAGAUAACCGUGGACGAAGAUAGCGGAUCAUUGACUAUGACAGAUGUGCCGCAGAAGCAGAAUGUCGAUGUAAUGAAGCUGCCUACGAGGAGAGGUCAAGAAAUAGUGGCGAUUUACGUGCGGAAUCCAGUGGCCAAGAUGACUUUAUUGUAUUCUCAUGGCAAUGCGGCGGAUUUGGGCCAGAUGUAUGAGCUUUUCACCGAGCUAAGUCUUCAUCUUCGCGUUAAUUUGUUGGGGUAUGACUAUUCUGGUUAUGGACAAUCCACUGGAAAGCCCAGUGAAUGCAAUACUUAUGCAGACAUUGAAGCUGCAUAUAAAUGUCUGGAAGAGAAAUAUGGAGUAAGGGAGGAGGACGUUAUCCUGUAUGGUCAGUCUGUAGGAAGUGGUCCAACUGUGGAUUUGGCAUCACGGCUUUCUCAACUAAGAGCUGUAGUUUUGCACAGUCCAAUAAUGUCAGGUUUACGUGUGAUGUACCCUGUCAAGCGUACCUAUUGGUUUGAUAUUUACAAGAAUAUUGACAAAAUUGGUCAGGUGAACUGUCCUGUACUGAUUAUGCAUGGGACCUCAGAUGAAGUUGUUGAUUUUUCACAUGGUAAACAGUUGUGGGAGCUGUGCAAGGAGAAGUAUGAACCUUUAUGGUUAAAUGGUGGUGGUCAUUGCAAUUUGGAGCUUUAUCCAGAAUAUAUAAGGCAUCUGAAAAAGUUUAUUUCAACAGUGGGAAAGGGAUCAUUGCCAAGAAAUGGUUCAAGGAGGAGCAUUGAGCACUCUGAUCCAUCAAGAAAGAGUACUGACCAGCCAGAAAAGUCAAGGUUAAGUUUGGAUAGACCAGAGAUGUCAUCAAGCAGCCUUGAUCGUCCAGAAAAAUCAAGAACUAGCACUGAUCGGCGAGACAAUAGAACUGAAAAAGCCAGGAGUAGUACAGAUAGACGUGAGAAGUCACGAACAAGUGUUGAUCGUGGUGAUAAGUCCAGAAAAAGUACUGAUCACUUUGAGAAAGCAAGAAAGAGUUUUGAUCACAUGGACAAAGCAAGAACAAGUUAGAAGUGGGAGAAAUUUGUGUGUCAUGAGCCUGUAAAGUUACUCAGCUUUAGGCAGGAGAAAUAUCAACCUAUACAUUUCUGUGUCGAUUCACUCACUAAUUCAUCUGUUGCAGCUACAGAACAGAAGAAUACCCCACUGAGUAUCUGAAUGAGAGUGCCUUAAGUAAAAAUUGCAUAUUUUGGCCUAUGGUAACAGUUUAUAUGAAUUUGAACAUCACAAUCUGUUUGGUGAAUAGGGAAGCAUCAGAACUGGAGGUCACUGAUUGUGUUGCGUAUCAUCCAUCCUUCACCAGGUGAUUUUUGGGGCACUGGAAUUAUCUGUAGUAAAUUUGGCUCGUUCAAGGUGUACCAUUACUGUAAUUUUUAGUAUAUCCGAAAGCUUUGUAUAAGAGAACUACAUAUCUUUCUCUUUUCACAUCUAACGGAUGUGUAUAACUGCAUUUGUACUGUUUGGCGUGAUUUCUUGCUUUUCAUUUUACUUGUAAUGGUGAGUUAAGAGGAUGGUGUAGCCUGAUGUUGAGGAUUAAAUAAACCUGUCUGAAAUUGCUGUUC